GAGUCGGAUAGACAGGUCCCCGCCCGUGCCCCCAGGAGGCAGCCUCUGCCUCCACCUUCCGAGGCGGGAGAGGGCAUUGCUCUUUGGAAAAGGGAAAGGUGGGAAGAACUGUACCGUCUCCCAGGAGGACCGGGACGGGCACACCUGUAGCUCCUGGGGUCCCACUGGGGUUGAGGCGACUCCUCACCUGCGUGGAGGAGAAGAUGUGUUGGAAGACGCUGCUGCUGCUGCUGCUGUGUUACGAUGCUCAGGCCACUGUGGCCCACAGGUGGAGCAGGGCCGUGCUGUUCCCUGCUGCCCAUCGGCCGAAGAGAUCGUCCUCAAUGCCCUUGAACCCCGUCCUGCAGAGCUCCCUGGAGGAAGUAGAACUGCUCUACGAGUUCCUGCUAGCUGAGCUGGACAUCAGCCCCGACCUGCAGAUCUCCAUCAAGGACGAGGAGCUCGCCUCCCUAAGGAAGGCCUCUGACUUCCGCACCGUCUGCAAUGAUGUGAUCCCCAAGCGCAUCCCGGACAUCCGACGGCUCAGCGCCAGCCUCGCCAGCCUCCCCGGCGUCCUGAAGAAAGAGGACUUUGAAAGGACAGCGCUGACCCUGGCCUAUGCGGCCUACCGCACAGCCCUGUCCCAAGGGCAUCAGAAGGACAUCUGGGCCCAGUCCCUCCUCAGCCUUUUCCAGGCCCUGAGGCAUGACCUGAUGCGGUCCUCAGGCUCCAGAGUGUCUGCCUGAGAGGCAGGCCCACACCAGGACCUCGGAGCAGGGCCCCGCACACACAGUAAUCCAGAAAUUCUUCAUUCUCUACACCAUUUAUAGAGGCCAGCAGCAAAACACAUGCCACCAGCUCAGAGUAGCAGAGAUAAAAUAAUUCAGCCCCAUGCUCUUUCCCCGUGGUAGCUUCCUGACAGGCGCAUCUGAUUCAUGUCAUAAGGUGACCUGGGCCGGAAGAAAGGGCUGGAGUGGUCAUUCAAGAUGCCUCCAGAGGCCGAACAGUUUGCCUGGUGACAUGCAGAGUCUAAGAGCCGCUUCCACACUGAGUGACUGCCACAAACCCCCACGAGGGAGGACAGAGCUGGAGGAGACAUCAUAGAGGUUUGAGCAUGGUGGGAAAUGGGGGACAGAGUUCUUUGGUCCUAAGAAAUCAGGGUGCUGGGUUCAAUGCACAUUUUCUGAAGGCUCUGUAGUAAGAUACAACAAAGCUAGAGCGACAGCCAAAUAAGUACUUUGUUAGCCAAGGAUAGACUCUUCAAUUUUUCUAAAAGUCGCCGAGAAGAAUGAGUUAGAAAACUGGUAAUUGUCUGACCUGUAUGUCUUGACUCUUCUUAUGUGAGGGCUGGUCUACUACAAACAGGCAACGCCUUGUCUUCUGAACAGGGAAGCCAAGCUAAUGCAGAGAGGUCCUGCUAGCAAAGAGGGGGCACCCGCGGCCUCGCCUUUCUGUCUUAACUCAGAUUACUUAGCAUCAUCAGAGACUCGGUGCUCCAAAUACAACUGAUUUUCAGAUGACAGAAUUUUACCCUUUCAAAGCGUUUUUCAUGUUAGCGAUAUUGAUUUGAUAUCUUUUGAAACUUCGCAGAUGGAAUGCCUUAAGCCAGGGGUCCUCAAACUACGGCCCGCGGGCCACAUGCAAAUACAAAUAUUGUAUUUG